AUGUCUUUUUUCGAAUCCAUUGAAUAUUCAAAUUGAAAGUACAGCGCAAUCAAAUCAUUGUCAAAUCAUUGAGUUCUUGGGGUUUUAAAUAGUAGGGAUGAUGGGAGAAAACCUCAAACUAAAGUAUCCCUAGCUAUAUUACUAUUUAAUUGUGUGUCCUGAGAGUGUUUUGAGGUUACUUAGUUGAGACUUUUUGAGACUUUUGUGAAUAAUUCGUUCUUGCCCAUUUAAUAGAGCAAAGAACUGACAUUGAGGUAUUUCACUGUAGCUCUUCCAGAGUUUUCCUCCUUUUCAGGCCAACAUGUCUGCAGAUAAACCCAAGGUAUACCAAGGUGUGCGUGUGAAGACUACUGUUAAGGAGUUACUGCAGAAACACAGAGCCCUGCAGAUACAGGAGACCGCAACGAAAUCACAAGCCAUGACUGGUCGCGAUGUCUGCUCUGCAACCUUAAAUACCCAUCAUGAUCUCUUCUCGGGAAGGCAAGCUCCAGAGUCCUAUUUACAGACACGUCCCUAUACUAAUAAUCGCAACAUCCAGAUGGGGUAUGUUUAUGAUCAUCAACAGAUGAUAAACAUGAUGCCACCCGAGACUUUCAGCUGCAGUAACACCGUGUGUCCGACAUCUUCGCAGUGGUCUGAUGGAUUUCCACCUACAAAUACGGACAUCUAUGGUGCAAGCCUGGAUUCGAGCUCAGCCAGUCCUGUCGAUUACAACAGUUACUCCCUCCAUCAGUCCCACUCUUCAUCUUCAUCGUGUUACAGCUCCCCAACGCGGAUGGAUUUGAGCUUCAGUUUCUCUUCAGAAAAUUACCACUAUCAGCAUUGUAACCCACAGCAAUGCUUUUGUCUGUCGCACUGGUCCAAUCUGCAGGACAUGCCGAAUUCAGAGUAUGCGCCCAGUGGCUCAUCAGACUGUUUGUAUUCAUAUGAAGACGACAAUUAUUUCAGAAGGGAUACCUCAAACUCUGAGAUGUGUUACUUAUAAAAUGAUCUGAAGCACUUUUCGGGACAACCCAGUGUCAUGAGUGAAUACAUUGCAUUUGUUGUAUUUUAGUUUAGGUCAAUGAAACAAGCAAUGACAGAAUGCAUGAUUGGGAUUAGUGUAUAGCUGAGACUAGUUUGUUAGGCAACAAGGUUGAUUGCAGAUCUAAAUAUGAGUAUAGCAUAGGAACAAAUUAUUCAUGUAUCUUUUCUACAAUAAACAUAAUUUUCUUUUUCGUAAUUCUGCUGCAAUCCUUUAUUAAAAUGGCUUGGAUUUAUGAGGGUUUGGAAAAAGGGAAAAUAUGCACAUAGGGUAAUUCGACAACUUUUUAAAACGUGCAAAUAAUUAGGCUAUGUGUAGUUUAAUAAAGCAGUGGUUAUCAUUUUUAAUUUGGGAAAACAAAAUUCACAAGUACAAACAGAUUGCUUCGCAGAAUUGUGGCAAAGAUAGGCAUCGACAUAGGAAAAAAAAGUCAUUAUGCAUAUCAGCAUUGGUCAGAUGCAAAAAAGAAUAAUAAAUAAAUAAAAAUAAUAAACAUUUAAUGCAACCAAAAACUGCUUAAAAUACAUAAAUGCAGGGUGUCAAUUAGCUUUUGUUCAACAGAUGGUUUCUGUAUU